CAAAUCUCUUAAGAAACCAGUGUUUGAGAAUUCCUUGAGAGAGAAAAAAAUGGCAGCACUGUAUAAUAUUCCCUCCAUCUCCUCAUCUACUCAUUCACUUUCUCUUCCUCAUCAUAAUCAGGGUUGUACUAAGACAGCCCCAAUGGCUAUGGCUAGUUUUCUUUCUCACUUACCUAAAAAUCAAACCCCUUUCUCUUUAUUAAAAAUCAGUAGAACUUUUACCUCUAUCUCUUCUAAUCCAACUACUAGAAAACCUUACAGAAAUCUAUUCCAAGUGAGAGCGGUUGCUGCACCGGCAGAAGCGGUUGCAGGGUUUGAUGAGAUGGCAGCAGGGACACAAAGGAAGUAUUACAUGUUAGGAGGGAAAGGAGGAGUUGGUAAGACGAGUUGUGCUGCAUCACUUGCUGUCAAGUUCGCCAAUAGUGGGCACCCGACUAUUGUUGUUUCAACUGAUCCUGCACAUUCAUUGAGUGAUUCAUUUGCUCAGGAUUUGACUGGAGGGAUGCUAGUACCAGUUCAAGGACUUGAUAAUCCACUCUUUGCUCUUGAGAUAAAUCCAGAAAAGGCAAGGGAAGAGUUUCGCACUGCAAGUCAGGGUGGUGGUGGAAGUGGCGGGGUAAAAGAUAUGAUGGAUAGUAUGGGUCUCGGAAUGCUUGUUGAGCAGUUAGGAGAUCUUAAACUUGGAGAGCUGCUAGAUACACCUCCUCCUGGUUUGGAUGAAGCUCUUGCAAUUUCUAAGGUUAUGCAAUUCGUUGAAUCCCAAGAGUAUAACAUGUUUACACGAAUUGUUUUUGAUACAGCACCAACAGGUCACACUCUCCGGCUUUUGUCUCUGCCUGAUUUCUUGGAUGCAUCAAUAGGCAAAAUCCUUAAGCUAAAACAGAAGUUAUCUUCAGCAACUUCAGCCAUAAAAUCCGUUUUCGGAAAAGAAGCAAAGCCAGAUGAUUCUUCUGCCAAACUAGAGAAGCUGAAGGAGAGAAUGGGAAAAGUACGAGACCUUUUCCGGGACACGGAGUCUACUGAAUUUGUUAUAGUAACUAUACCUACGGUAAUGGCGAUAAGUGAGUCGUCAAGGUUGCAUGCUUCCUUGGAGAAAGAAAAUGUUCCCGUCAAGAGACUUAUUGUCAAUCAAGUUCUACCAGCAUCGGCAUCAGACUGCAAAUUCUGUGCAAUGAAACGGAAGGAUCAGAAGCGUGCUCUUGAUAUGAUUGAGAAAGAUCCAGAAUUGUCUGGGUUGAGGUUAGUCCAGGCACCCCUAGUUGAUGUUGAGAUCAGAGGUGUUCCAGCUCUUACAUUCAUGGGUGAUAUUGUUUGGAAGUAGGCUUUUUUUAUCUGAAGAAUCGGCAGAAUCAGAUCAUGGAUUUCAGGAUAAAAUAGGGGAGAAGUUUCACCGGCCAUUUAUAGCAGCAGUGCAUGCUAUCUAGGAAGAUGCAAGUGAAGUAAAGAUAGAACCCUUUCUCUAAAGAGGGGUAAUUUGAGUAUUUUUUUGUAGUCAAAAUCAAAUAGGUGAAAUCUGAGGAAAUUGAUUAUUUAAUCUUCUCAAGUUAUACAAACAAAAGAAAAUAGAAAAAUGUUCGAUUCCACUUUGAAUAAAAUAGCAUAGCUCUAUGAGA